AACACUGUUAUAAAAACGUGACCUGUCAUUUGCAGAAUUUUCUAUAAAAUUUGUAAGAAAUUCGAUUUUGAAAAUCUCACUUGUACUAAUUUAAAGUGCACUAUCUAGAUCCUUUUAUUGGCUACAUAACCCAAAACAAAGAAAUACCUAAACAAAUUCUCAAUAAGCACAGUCAAGUGAAGCAACGCUGACUCUCAUUUUCCAAAUUAACCAAAUUUCAAGCUUAUUGGAAUUAAUUUGGUAAAGUAAUAAUGAAUGCCCCAACCUCUGUUAUGGACCAACGCAUGGAGGCGGAACGUAUCUAUGGAUGGAUCACUGAUUUGUGCAGCCAGGAAGGACGCCUUGUGGCCAUGCUGGAGCUCUCCGAGAGACGCAGCCAAAUUGAAAGUCUGGGACAUUUGCUCUGGCACUCCUUUGGAGCUGUAGCUGGACUGCUGCAGGAGAUUGUGUCUAUCUAUCCAUCGGUGUUGACCAACGAUCUAACCAUCCAGGAGUCACAGCGUAUUUGCGCCGCCAUAGGACUCUUUCAGGCCAUGGCUUCUGACCCUAACAUUGCCCUUCUACUGAUUCGCUGCGAGUUCAUAAGCUACCUGAUGCCGAUGCUAAAGUUGACACCUCAAACCCGUGCCGUGGAGCAUGUGCGCCUCUCCGUGUUGGGCGUCAUUUGUGGUCUUUUGAAAUCGGAUCAGAAGGAGGUUGUGAUCUACUUCCUCGGCACCGAACUUAUGCCGCAUGUUCUGCAUAACUUGGAAUUUGGCUCCAGCAUGAGCAAGGUGCUCUGCGCCUUCGCCCUGUUCCGCAUCUUGGAGAAUGAAGUGGGCCUAAGCUUUGUCGGCAAUACGAUGGCCAGGAAGAUGCAUUUGGUACACACUCUGGCCAGAGUGGUCUAUCAGCUGACGCUGGAGGUGGAGCCGCGUGUUCUGAAGCAUGUGGUUAGGGCCUAUUUCCGUCUGGCCGAUCAUCCCCAGUGCAUUGAGCUGAUACUUAAGCAUUUUCCGCCGCAGCUCCGCAAUGGGUAUUUCUGCAAGGAAAAACUGCCAGGAUACGAGAAUGCCAAUUUGGAGCUGGCCAAACUUAGCUGCAAAUUGGCCAACAAGGAGGCUCAAUUGAAAAAGGGCAAGGAAGAAAUUAUUUCCUGAAUAUAAUUGACGCAGCAAUUUACACUUCGGCAAUUUACCUCUACCACUGAAUUUUCCUGUAACCAAUAUAUGUAUAUAUCUCUAUAUAUGUAUAUAUAUGGCCGGCAACCCCAGAUAUGUUAUCUGGUGGCCCCGGCAUCAACAUGUAAAUUGCAUUACCCUCCAUG